UAAGGGGAGCCUGCUUGUCAAGCCAGUUUUCCGCAAAAUCUGCGCUCUGUGUGCUUCCUGAGUUAAAGUCACGCCUACGGACUGGCCGCCUCCUUUCUUUUUCGCUCUUUACCGCUUUCUCAUUCCGACUGCCACUCCUUGUUCUUUCCUCUCCGCGUCCCCCCCACCCUGUGUGUCGUGGUUCGUGCCGGUCCUAGUUGAGUCUUGAGUCCCGGGAAGAGACCCUGCGCGGACUGGGGAGCCGUUGAAUUUUGCCGUCAGACUCCCAAUUUCCUCUUCUUCAGUGCCUCUUCAUGCCUCCCCCGGCUCUGUUUUUAUCUUCCCUUUACCCUCGCCUUGAAUUUCAGAAUGACUUUUACAGAUCCUGUAUCCGUCGGUCCUCCCCUCAACCCCCGCCCAGCCUAGCCUGGAGACCCGAGUCAUUGUAUUCUGGAGAGCUGGCGGGUGGUGGUUACUUGAGUUUGUCCAAAGUGGUGCCGUUUUCUCACUAUGCUGGGACAUUGCUGCUACUUCUGGCAGGUGUGGCCUGCCUCCGAGGCAUUGGCCGCUGGACCAACCCCCAGUACCGGCAGUUCAUCACCAUCUUGGAAGCAACACAUCGGAACCAGUCUUCAGAAAACAAGAGGCAGCUUGCCAACUACAACUUUGACUUCCGGAGCUGGCCAGUCGACUUCCACUGGGAAGAACCCAGCAGCCGGAAGGAGUCUCGAGGGGGCCCUUCCCGCCGGGGUGUGGCCCUGCUUCGCCCAGAGCCCCUGCACCGGGGGACAGCAGACACCCUCCUCAACCGGGUUAAGAAGCUGCCUUGUCAGAUCACCAGCUACCUGGUGGCGCACACCCUAGGGCGCCGGAUGCUGUAUCCAGGCUCUGUGUACCUGCUGCAGAAGGCCCUCAUGCCUGUGCUGCUGCAGGGCCAGGCCCGACUGGUGGAAGAGUGUAAUGGGCGCCGGGCAAAGCUGCUGGCCUGUGAUGGCAAUGAGAUUGACACCAUGUUUGUGGACCGGCGGGGGACAGCUGAGCCCCAGGGACAGAAGCUGGUGAUCUGCUGUGAGGGGAAUGCUGGGUUUUAUGAGGUGGGCUGCGUCUCCACGCCCCUGGAAGCUGGAUAUUCAGUCCUGGGCUGGAAUCAUCCAGGCUUUGCUGGAAGCACGGGGGUGCCAUUCCCGCAGAAUGAGGCUAAUGCCAUGGAUGUGGUGGUCCAGUUUGCCAUCCACCGCCUGGGCUUCCAGCCCCAGGACAUCAUCAUCUACGCCUGGUCCAUCGGUGGCUUCACUGCCACGUGGGCGGCCAUGUCCUACCCAGAUGUUAGUGCCAUGAUCCUGGAUGCCUCCUUUGAUGACCUGGUGCCCUUGGCCUUGAAGGUCAUGCCAGACAGCUGGAGGGGCCUGGUGACCAGGACCGUGAGGCAGCAUCUCAAUCUAAACAACGCGGAGCAGCUGUGCAGAUACCAGGGUCCUGUACUGCUGAUCCGGAGAACCAAGGAUGAGAUCAUCACCACCACGGUUCCUGAGGACAUCAUGUCCAACCGAGGCAAUGACCUCCUGCUGAAGCUCCUGCAGCAUCGGUAUCCCCGGGUGAUGGCAGAGGAGGGUCUUCGAGUGGUGAGGCAGUGGUUGGAGGCCUCCUCACAGCUGGAGGAAGCCUCAAUUUAUAGCCGAUGGGAGGUGGAAGAGGACUGGUGUCUGUCUGUCCUCCGCUCCUACCAGGCAGAACACGGGUCCGACUUCCCCUGGAGCGUGGGGGAGGACAUGAGUGCAGAUGGACGGCGGCAGCUGGCUUUGUUUCUGGCUCGGAAGCAUCUGCACAACUUUGAGGCCACUCACUGCACCCCACUCCCAGCCCAGAACUUCCAGAUGCCCUGGCACCUCUAGGGACCAACUGGGACUCAUUAUGGAAGAAUGGGGUGAGAGGAGACAUGAGGAAAGACCCUCUUAUUUGUGAUUCUCUGUGUUCAUGUUGCUGUUUAUAGUUUGUGGAAAGUGGGGGACCAUCCCCCUUCUCACCACUGUUCCUCUUGCACGUUUCCCCUCAUUCAUGUGGCUGUACUUAACCUUCUCCAACAUACAUCCUGCAUUACAUGAAUGGAUUAUUCCUAAUAAUUAAUAAAAAGGUAUUUUUUCUACUA